GUUCUCAUUGACACUCACAGUUAUGACCACUUCCUGUGGGAGAAUGAAAGGACACGCCCAGUCCUCAUUUCAGCACAGACGCUGACCAGAAAGGAUCUCUCUGCAGCUCUGAUAUACUGACGUUAGUACGAGUUCAGACAAUGCCGGAACCUCUGGAUCUCUCCCCACCAGACAUUCCCGAGCCAGGACUUCUGGAAACUGUGCUUCGUUAUGGCCUUUACUGUGGAGCCAUCUUCCAACUGAUUUGUAUUUUGGCCAUUAUAUUCCCUAAAAACAAGGGCCAGGAAAUGGAAUCUGAUGCCCAAGAAGUGAAGAGUACAGAAGUGGUGAAGAAACCUAAAAUGCAAUCAGUCACACUUGGAAAGAAACAGAAGAAGGAGACAAAGAAGAGGAGGUGAGACGGGGAGGUGCAACAUUUAUGCUUUCCCCAUUGGAACCUGGAAAACUGUUUUAUGAGGAAUCCAGGACCCUUUCUCCAAUGAGAUCAAGGUGGCAGCCCUCUUGAUAUUUGUCUACAAUACACAGCCAUCAUUGGUGGGCAACCCAGAGACUUUAUUCCAUUGUACACAAUAUUUGGUUACUAUCCUGUGUCUAACAUGAAGGCACUUGGCUUUGGAUACAUAAGACAUUGUGCAUCAUGCAAAUAUUACUUUGCAUAUAAUACAUCCCAACUUCUUGUGAAGACACAUAAACACAGGUGGCGGGGCAGCUAAUCCAUUUAGUUAAAUACAGCUGUACUCUGUGUAGUAUUGAAUUAUGGGUGUAACCUUUUAACCAGUGCAUGGUCUACAACUGACCCGUUGUCUUUCCUCUUUAAAAAGAGCAUUAUGUAAAUACAAAUUUAGAUUUCUGUGUCUUCAAUUGAAAGUAAAGUUCAUGUUGACAGUUCAAAGGCCCCUAUUUAUUAUUUACAGCAUUUGCAAUAGUCUCUUCUCUUGCAAAAAGUUAGGUUCAUUGCCUGUUAGGGUUAUGGGAAAAAGGGAGGGAAAUCUCUCCCGAAGGAAAUUUUUCAUGUAAAUAGUGACAUGGGUGGUUAGGGUGGGGCUGCUUAAUGAGCUAUGCAAUUUAAAAAUGGCAGCCCUGAGGGCAGGUGUAUUGGAGGACAACAAUAAUAACUGGGUAUGGGGUAAGGGCAUGAAUUUGUUGUUGGGUUUUUUUUAUCCUUGUGCUGGGGCCAUGCUAAUCUUCUCCGUAUUAUUCCAAUUUGUUUUUUUAGUGCCUCAGAAGCUAUAUGAAGCAACUGGGUUUUUGUUUUUUUCACUUUAACUUAGUAAACUGUUUGUACAUAAAAUAUUAUUAAAGCAAACUUAUACUUGCUGCAA